CGGGGGUGUCCGGGCCGCGGCUCCGGCUUAAAGGAAAACUCUCCAAGUUCCAGCAGCAGGGAGAGGGGCGCCCGGAGCACACGCACCGCUGCCCAGGGCGCACACGCACACGCAUACACACAUGUACCCACUGGCACACACACACACUCACACACACAUGCACCCAAGGGCACACACACACGCGCACAUGCACACACACGCGUGCUCACACACACACUCAGGUGCUGUAGGUGCGCGAGUCCAAAGUUGCGGCCGCAGUGAGGGCCAUCGAGAUGGACCGUCUUCGCGGGUGUUGGGAGCUCUCUGCGCGCCAGUCCCGGGACCCCGAUGGAAAGGAGGGAGCGAGGGGGACCGCCCACCGCCCAGAGGUGUCCCCCCUUUUCGGAGAACAGCAGCGCGAAAGAGGAGAUGCAGAGCCCGAAGCCUUGGGACCCAGCCUGCGGGGGAGCAGCGGGAGCUUUCGGGGAGCCCGGCCCGGACCGGACCGGCGGCCUCGGGGGCACUUGGUCGGCGCAGUUCUCCGUGGAGCCGGCCCGCGCCUGGCGGGUCCUUCUCCGGUUUAAAUGCAUCGACUUGAAGGAAGCGGAGGCCGGCGCGCGCCGCAGCGGACUUGGGCGGCAGCUGCCUCCCCUUCGCGCCGACAAGUGGGAGCAGAGGGUCCGCCCUGCUGACCCUGAGAAGCAGGACCGACGCCCGGGAGCAGAUGAGCGAUGACCCGGCCACAGGCAGCCCGGACUCCUUCCACGUCCCAGGUUUGACAGAUGAAAAAGUGAAGGCAUAUCUUUCUCUUCACCCUCAGAUAUUAGAUGAAUUUGUAUCUGAAAGUGUUAGUACAGAGACGGUAGAGAAAUGGCUGAGGAGGAAGAACAACAAAGCAGAAGAUGAGCCGGUGCCGAAGGAAGUCAGCAGGUACCAAGAUACGAACAUGCAGGGAGUCGUGUAUGAACUGAACAGCUACAUCGAGCAGCGGCUGGACACGGGCGGGGACAACCAGCUGCUGCUGUACGAGCUGAGCAGCAUCAUCAGAACAGCCACAAAAGCGGAUGGAUUUGCACUGUAUUUCCUUGGCGAGUGCAAUAAUAGCCUGUGCGUGUUCACGCCCCCUGGCAUCAAGGAGGGCAGACCCCGGCUCAUCCCCGCGGGGCCCAUUGCCCAGGGCACCACCACCUCUGCUUACGUGGCCAAGUCCCGGAAGACGCUGCUCGUGGAAGACAUCCUUGGGGAUGAACGAUUUCCAGGAGGCACUGGACUGGAAUCAGGGACGCGGAUCAAGUCCGUUCUCUGUUUGCCGAUCGUCACGGCGAUUGGCGACCUGGUGGGCAUCCUGGAGCUGUACCGGCACUGGGGCAAGGACUCCUUCUCUCUGCGCCAGCAGGAGGUGGCCACUGCGAACCUCGCCUGGGCGUCGGUCGCCAUCCACCAGGUGCAGCUCUGCAGAGGCCUCGCCAAGCAGACUGAGCUGAAUGACUUUCUACUCGACGUAUCAAAAACGUAUUUUGAUAACAUCGUCGCCAUAGACUCUCUGCUGGAGCACAUAAUGAUUUAUGCCAAGAACCUGGUGAACGCCGACCGCUGCGCCCUCUUCCAGGUGGACCACAAGAACCAGGAGCUGUACUCGGACCUCUUCGACAUCGGGGAGGUGAAGGAGGGCAGGCCCGUCUUCAAGAAGACCAAGGAGAUCAGGUUUUCCAUUGAGAAAGGGAUUGCUGGCCAGGUCGCGCGGACGGGGGAGGUGCUGAACAUCCCGGACGCCUACGCAGACCCGCGCUUCAACAGGGAGGUGGACCUGUACACGGGCUACACCACACGCAACAUCCUGUGCAUGCCCAUCGUGAGCCGUGGCAGCGUGAUCGGCGUGGUGCAGAUGGUGAACAAGAUCAGCGGCAGCGCCUUCUCCAAAACGGACGAGAACAACUUCAAGAUGUUCGCCGUCUUCUGUGCGUUAGCCUUGCACUGUGCCAACAUGUACCACCGGAUCCGCCACUCGGAGUGCAUCUACCGCGUGACCAUGGAGAAGCUGUCCUACCACAGCAUCUGCACCGCCGAGGAGUGGCAGGGCCUCAUGCGCUUCACACUGCCCGGGCGCCUCUGCAAGGAGGUGGAGCUAUUCCACUUUGACAUCGGUCCUUUUGAAAACAUGUGGCCUGGGAUUUUUGUCUACAUGAUCCAUCGUUCCUGUGGGACGUCCUGCUUUGAGCUUGAGAAGCUGUGCCGCUUCAUCAUGUCCGUGAAGAAGAACUACCGGCGGGUGCCCUACCACAACUGGAAGCACGCGGUGACCGUGGCGCACUGCAUGUACGCCAUCCUGCAGAACAACCUGGGGCUCUUCUCCGACCUGGAGCGCAAAGGACUGCUGAUUGCGUGUCUGUGCCACGACCUGGACCACAGGGGCUUCAGCAACAGCUACCUGCAGAAGUUCGACCACCCGCUGGCCGCGCUCUACUCCACGUCCACCAUGGAGCAGCACCACUUCUCCCAGACCGUGUCCAUCCUGCAGCUGGAAGGGCACAACAUCUUCUCCACGCUGAGCUCCAGCGAGUACGAGCAGGUGCUGGAGAUCAUCCGCAAAGCCAUCAUCGCCACGGACCUCGCCCUCUACUUCGGCAACAGGAAGCAGCUGGAGGAGAUGCACCAGACGGGCUCGCUGAACCUCAACAACCAGUCCCACAGAGACCGCGUCAUUGGCUUGAUGAUGACUGCCUGUGACCUUUGUUCUGUGACAAAACUGUGGCCAGUUACAAAGUUGACGGCCAAUGACAUUUACGCAGAAUUCUGGGCUGAGGGCGACGAGAUGAAGAAGCUGGGGAUCCAGCCCAUUCCCAUGAUGGACCGGGACAAGAGGGAUGAGGUCCCGCAAGGCCAGCUCGGCUUCUACAACGCGGUGGCCAUCCCCUGCUACACCACCCUCACCCGGAUCUUCCCGCCCACGGAGCCGCUCCUCAGGGCCUGCAGGAACAACCUCAACCAAUGGGAGAAGGUGAUCCGCGGGGAGGAGAACCCCGCCUGGGCCCCGUCCCCGCCGGUGGCCCCCAGCCCCUCGGAGAAGCUGCCUGUGAAGACGGACGACUGAUGGCCCGGAGCUGCCCCUCCCACAGACGCUCGUCUCGCUGCUUGGACUUUUCUACCUUUUAUUUUUGUGGGAAACCUACACCUGGCGACCGGGAUGCCAGCCUCGUGCAGAAGGUACCAUCACGUGACUCCGCCCGCAGCUGACUCCUGCUGGGCUCACCCUCACGCGUCGCAGACAGCGACCUGCGGGACUCGGGCUGACGUGGCUGAGGCCGUCCUGGGGACGCAGACGUUCUCCGCCAGGGCUGCUCUGCCCAGAGCUAGUCUUUCUAGUGCGGGUUGGAAACGGUACUACGACGCUAGUGUGCUUUGGCUCUCACACCUACGUUUUUCCAUGUUGUUGGCUAUAAAUAGGAGUUUUACGCAUUCAAUUGUGGGUGUUCGUGUGUGGCCUGCCUGUGAUGGGCGUGGGCGCAGCAGCCAGCCGCAGGACCAAGGCCACCGAGGUUCCAUGGACGCGUCUGUCUGCAUCGGCGAGGGAGGAAGGCGCUCAUUGCAGAGCUCCGUGGACGGAGCGCAGGCUCUGGAGUGAGCUCUCUGGAGUGCGCUCUCUGCAAGCCCUGCAGGCAGGAGGCAGCCUUCUCUCCUGGGGAGGAGCCGCGAGGAUGAGAGCAGGCGUCUGGUCCCGUGCAGGGGGUGCAAAGGGUAUUAAAUGGUUUCAUUGCG